AUGAUGACCCGACGCAUGGUCCGGGCCAUCAUCCAGCUCGUGAGUGCCGCCAGUUUCACCUUCCUCGUCGUCUUCCUACUCGACCGGAACUACCGAGUUCUCCCCAACGCCAUCCAUGGCUACAUGCCCUCUCACCACCCGGGACUGGUGGUAACCGACGUUACCAUCGCCACAUGUUCUAGUCUCAACCUUUUCUCCUCGUGCGACAUGGAUCCUAAGAAAUGGCAUCGCCUCGACAAGGACCUAUAUCUCGGCAAGACCUGGAUCUCGACUGCCUAUAUUUUCGUCAGCCGCAAGCAUGAGGAGGAACUCACCGAGGAUGACAAGGUUGUCGUGGGCGUUUCCGUCGGCAGGCUCCAACCUGCCCCCAAGGGCGAGUCGGAUGAACGGUGGGAAAAGCGACCGAAUGGCCUCUGGAUUAAGCGAUCAGCCAAGCCGAAGGCGAGCGACUCGAACCAAGCUGUGACGGAUAUCGACGUUGUCUUUGGAGAUGAUGCCGUUGAAGCCAGAGACGGCUGGGCCAUUACAGGCACUCCUUUGCUCCUCAAGACAGGUGGCCACCUCCCCUGUGUACAGGUGUCUGUUCGUCAAGGUCCCCAUCGUGAGAUCAAGAAGCCCGUCCCCAGAAUCAGGGACAAUGGCCGCUUCAAGAUCCUGCAGAUCGGCGAUCUGCACCUCAGUACUGGCCUUGGUAAAUGUCGCGAACCUGUGCCGGACUCGUACAAUGGUGGUCACUGUGAAGCAGACCCCAGGACCCUAGAUUUUGUCACCAGAAUCCUCGAUGACGAGAAGCCUGACUUUGUCGUCCUGAGUGGCGACCAGGUCAAUGGAGACACAGCCCCGGAUGCGCCAACAGCCAUCUACAAAUGGGCCGCUCUCUUGGUUCAGCGCAAGAUUCCGUACGCUGCCAUUUUUGGCAAUCAUGAUGAUGAAAAAACAAUGUCCCGCGAGGGUCAAAUGGCUCUCAUGGAGUCCCUCCCAUACUCCCUUUCUGCCGCCGGCCCCGCUGAUAUUGACGGCGUGGGCAACUACUACGUCGAGAUUCUUGCUCGCGGCAAGUCGGACCACUCCGCCUUGACCAUCUACUUCUUCGACACCCACGCCUACUCUCCCAAUGAGCGCAAGUAUCCUGGCUAUGACUGGGUAAAGCCCAAUCAGAUAGAGUGGUUCGAGAAGACGGCCACCAGCCUCAAGAGUAAUCACCAGCGCUAUACCCACCGCCACAUGGAUAUCGCCUUUAUCCACAUUCCCAUGACAGAAUACGCCGACCCUUUGUUGCCCCGUGUCGGUGAGUGGAUAGAAGGCGUCACCGCCCCAUUAUUCAAUUCAGGAUUCCGCGAUGCCCUCGUGAGACAAAACAUCCUCAUGGUCAGCGCUGGACAUGACCACUGCAACGAUUAUUGCUCUCUCACUUCGCAAGGCGAGGAUGAAGAACAUAUGACCCCGGCCAUGUGGAUGUGUUACGCUGGCGGCGCCGGCUUCGGUGGAUAUGCCGGCUACGGAGGUUACGUCCGCAGGCUCCGUGUCUUCGAGGUUGAUAUGAACGAGGCCCGAAUUAAGACCUGGAAGAGGCUCGAGUACGGCGACACUGCUGCUCGUAUCGACGAGCAGAUUAUUGUCGACGGUGGCAAGGCCAAGGAGAAAGCCCCUGAACCCCAGCCAGCCCAGGAACAACAACCCCCACCUGCGCCUCCGGCCGCGGUCCAGGCAUAG